ACUCCGCUCCCUGCAGGGCCGGCCCGGGAUCGGGGGCGCGGGGCUCCGGGGGCGCCGGUAGGGAGGAGAGGGGCGGGGCCUCACCUCCCCGCCCUGCCUGUUUCCCCUUCCCGAGGCGUGGAAUGGAAAUCCAACGCCGGGUCCUGAGAGACUAAACCGAGCCGGAGGAAGCGCCCCAUGCGUUACUGGAAGGCGUUUCUAGUGAUCCCCGCCAGAAUGGGAAGCCGGGUCCACUGGCAAGGCAGGGCCGGUCUCGCUGCAGGGAAGCAGAGACUGGCUGGGCUGGGAGCUGCGUGGUCGCUGCGUGGUCGCUGCAGGGUGGGUGGGCUACGCCCUCAGACAGCUCUGAAGCCCUGAGUCACGGUGCCACCUCCAUGUGGCCUGCUGCGGGGCAGCCAGGUGACAGCUGAUGUAUGUCUGAAUAGGCAGCAAGUGCUGGGUCAUCCCUGCACUUGGACACGCCUUUUCUGGGGUGGAGGAGUUGGUCAGACCAUCUCCCAGGGCUUUGGGGGUGGGGGCUGGGCAGGGCUGCACCCAGGGCAGGGGCUAGCCCUGGUGCUGGGCUUUCAGACCCCCUUCCCUGACUGCAGCGUGUCAGGUGCUUCAUGGCCUACCCCUGGGCCACAGCUUUAGACAGAGUCUUCUGCCCUUGGACCAAUCCCUGAGCCUCAGCCCUUUUCCUCCAGCAGGGAUAUCACAUGCUGGGCUCAGGCCUGGCCUGGCGUCCUGCUCCUGACCUGCUGACUGCUGUUUUGCUGCUGCUGUUUAGGCUCAGAGCUUUCUUCCGUGAGGCAGAUGUGAUGUGAUGACAGCUAUAAGAGACUGUGUGGCCCCGUGUGAACAAAGCUGCUCUCAGGGACCCAUGUGCAUCAUCUUCUUUAAGUUUGAUCCUCGCCCUGUUUCCAAAAAUGCUUACAGGCUCAUCUUGGCGGCCAACAGGGAUGAAUUUUACCACAGACCAUCCAAGUUAGCAGACUUCUGGGGGAACAACAAUGAGGUUCUCAGUGGACUUGACAUGGAGGAAGGCAAGGAAGGAGGCACGUGGCUGGGCAUUAGCACACGGGGGAAGCUGGCCGCGCUCACCAACUACCUGCAACCACGGCAGGACCGGGAUGCCCGGGGCCGAGGUGAACUUGUGACCCACUUUCUGACUACAGACAUGGACAGCUUGUCCUACUUGAAGAAGGUCUCUGCGGAGGGCCACCUGUACAACGGCUUUAACCUCAUAGCAGCUGACCUGAGCACAGAGAAGGGAGAUGUCGUUUGCUACUAUGGAAACCGGGGGGAGCCUGAGCCUGUCGUCCUGGAACCAGGUGGAUCCAUACCUUGCAGCUUUUUCCAGCUUAGAGAUGGCGGGACCUAUGGACUAAGCAAUGCACUGCUGGAGACACCCUGGAGGAAGCUGUGCUUUGGAAAGCAGCUCUUCCUGGAGGCCGUGGAGCGGAGCCAGGAGCUGCCCAAGGAUGCCCUCAUCGCCCAGCUCCUGCACGUGCUCAACAAUGAUGAGGCGCAGCUGCCAGACCCAGCUAUUGAGGACCAGGGCAGGGAGUAUGUGCAGCCCUUUCUGAGCAAGUACGCAGCUGUGUGUGUGCGCUGCCCAGGCUAUGGCACCAGAACCAACACAGUCAUCCUCGUGGACGCGGAUGGGCAUGUGACCUUCACAGAACGUAGCAUGCUGGACAAGGACCCCUCCUGCUGGGAGACCAGCACCCACGAGUUCAAGCUGCAGAGCUAACCCUUCCCCCUGGAUGUGGCCACUGGGCUCCAGGAAGGCCCUGCCUCGAGGGCUAGUAUGGAUAGGAACUAUCACAUGUACUGCCUGUGACUUGGCCAGCAUCCCCCAGGACCAGGGUCCUCUGGUGUUUGUGUGACCUGUCUGUGUUGUCAUGUCCAGCUCAGGGUCCACCCUCAUGCCAGUGGGAGUGACAGAGUCACAUGGCCAGGUCUGAGGGGGGCUCAGGUGUGCUAUGCAUGUGUGAAGGCACCUGGGCCUACCCCCUGCCCAAGCACAGAGGCACAUACUCAAGGCACAUGUUUCCACGCAUACCUGCAGGUGCAUGGUCACACACACACACACACACACACACACACACACAUGCACAUAUGAGCAACAGAGAGGUACACACACACACUCCCAGGCAUACCCACACAUGCGUGCCACACAGGCAGAGGUGUGCCUCUCACAUCCACAUGUGCUUCUGGCUAGUGGGUCUUUGCUUUGACCAAAACAACAGGAGUAGACUGUUAUUUAAGAGUGGCUCCUCCUCUCCUGGCUGUAGUCCACUUCUGGACAACCAGACUUGCUCUUAGAGAGGAGAGGCCCCAUUUGGAAUGAGAAAUGAGAACAACUCCAGAAGAACCUGCUUUCAUAACAGAAGCACCGCCUGGUUGGUUGUCCUUUGUGCUCUGGGGGAUCUCCUAUGUGCAUGGGGUGGUCCUGUGGGGGAGGGGAGCGGUCUUGCAUGCACCAGGGGUCCUGUGUAUGCUGAAACACCUUGCCACGCUCUCAGGCACCUACUUGCCUGCCCACUGGGAUCAUGGGUCCUGAGCAGGCCCAUCUCAGCGAUGGAACACGGCCAACCCUUGCUAUUUCCCUUCUCCUUGGGGAGUCGGACUUCAUAGGAAUCUGUCCUUGAACGUGAGACCUUGAUAAUAAAACUCUGAGGUGUGGUGAGUCCAUGCA